ACCACCACCACCUGGCUAGUAAUACCAGCAUCUGGAAAGUGGAGGGAGGCAGGAGGAUCAGGAGUUCAAGAUCACCCUUAAUGACGAAGUGAUUUUCAAGGCCACCCCAAGUCACCCCCCCCAAAAUUAGUAACCUAUAAUUCCAACACUCUGGAGGCUGUGGCAGGAGGAUCCCUUUGACCCAGGAGUUAGGGAUCAGCCUGGUCAACACAGCAGAACCACCCCUGUAGGAACAAAACAGCCUAUCCUUGUAGCUAAGCAGAAGAGCCUUCACCUUAGUCCUCAACAGCGUCCCCACCCCAUGAAAGAAAUGCAUAAUGGGAAAUGAGCAUAAGCUCAAACCUAGUAAUGUCACUGGAAGACCUUCAAAGGAAGUGAUGCUGCAGAGAGUUAACAGAGACUAGCCCAAAGGAAGGGAAAGAACCCUAGGGACAGAGUGCAAGUUAGAGGCUCAAUCCAGGAAAUGUUGCACUUUUCAGAACUGGAUAACACUGACAGAAUCCAUAGAGUGCCAGCUGUGAAAAGGGGGGCUGAUUUGGAAGCUUUUGUAGGCCACAUUAAAGUUCUUGCACUUUAUUUCACAGCAACAAGUAUACAUUAAGUGGGAAAGAGGCCUGUGACCUUUAGUAGGAUCACUUUGGUUGCUAUGUGGGGAAUGAAUUGAAGGGAUUCAAGACCAAAGGUUAGGCUAUGGGAAAGUAGUCUGAAAAACCCAGGUAACUGUGGCAGCCCAUAUACAGUGUUGACAGUACAGAUGGAGAGCGGGAAGAUCUCUCUCUCUCUCUCUUACACACACACACACACACACCUACACACACUGUAGACUGGCUAGGAUUUUGUGGCUGAUUGGAUUUAGAAAGAGGAGGCAAAAAUAACUCCUGAGUUCCCUGGUUUUGAAAUUGGGCAGGGGGACAGCAUCACUUAGGGAAAAAGGAAAUCUAGGAGCAGGUUUGAGAGAACAUGGUCUGGUUUAAUGUAGUAGAGGUCAGUAAAUACAAGAAUAUAGAAUCAAUAAAAUACUGAAUGCAAUUAAAAACCAGAUAUGAAGAAAUUUGACUAGAUCAUAUAUACAUUCAAAGGUGAUUGAAUCAAAAUAUCUGUCAGCAUCAAAGCUGAGGAGAAUGAGGGAGGCACAAAGAUGUUUAGAUAAAACAGUGCCUAGGCACUGAGACUGAUGGCAUACACCUGAUAGUCAGAAGCAGAAAUUUGAGGCUAGCCUGAGCUCCAUCACAAGACUUUGUCUUGAGAAACCAAGAACAAGCUGAGUGUUGUGGUGCAUACACCUUUAAUCCCAGCACUUGGGAGUCAGAGGUAGGAGGAUCUCUUAAGUUCUGUUUUACAGAUUGAUUACAGGACAGCCAAAGCUGCACAGAGAAACCCUGUUUCAAAUAAUUAAGAGAGGAAGAAAGGAACCAAGAGCUAUGGACUGUAGUUCAGUUGUGAAACACUUGCUCACAUGUGCGUGCCCCAGAAGCAGCAGAACAAAUAAAGGAUUGCAGAUGUAGCUCAGGGAAGCUCAAGUGUCAGAGUGCUUACCAACCAUGCAUGAGGCUGUGAGUUGGGUCUCUAGUACUGUAAAAAUCAUUUUUCCUGAACUCUAAAGGCUAAUAGCUAUAGGAUAUCCUGAGACCCUUUGUGUUUUCAUAAAGAUUGGGACAAUGGGGACAGCCAGAUAGUGAAAUAGGUAAAAGUGCUCGCCACGAAAGCCUGAUGUCCUGAUUUAGAUACCUAAAUUCCAUGGUGGAAGGAGAGAACUGACUCCUGAAAGCUGUCCUCUGACCUAUAUGUGUGUUCCUUGGCAUGUACACAAACAGCAAUAAUAAAAAAGAUUGGGUUAGUACUUUAGAUUGAAGGAGCACAUGGUACUUGGUAAUGAUUUCCUCAGUAGCUCUGCAAGGAGUUGUCAGACAGGUGAAUCUCCAUUCACUCUGCGAACUGAGAUGUUCCUGUGACCACCUGGAGGUGCACACCUUGGUCCCAGGACUCCCAGUAGAAGCAGGAAGAUCAGAAGUUCAAGGUCAUUCUCAGCUACAUACAGCCCCAGCUAGCUGACUUCAUGUGAAAGAUGGCUAAUGCGGAAGUGAGUGUCCCAGUGGGAGAUGUGGUUGUGGUACCCACUGAAGGAAAUGAAGGGGAAAACCCUGAAGACACUAAAACCCAAGUGAUCUUGCAGUUACAGCCUGUGCAACAAGGUUUGUUUAUCGAUGGACACUUUCACAACAGGAUUUAUGAUGCUGGGUCGGAGAACAACGCAGCAGUUGUAGCCGUAGAAACCCACACGAUACACAAAAUUGAAGAAGGAAUCGAUGCAAGCAGUAUAGAAGCAAACGAAGAUAUGGAAAUUGCUUACCCUAUUACCUGUGGAGAGAGUAAAGCCAUCCUCCUCUGGAAGAAGUUUGUGUGUCCAGGAAUAAAUGUGAAAUGUGUCAAGUUCAAUGAUCAGUUGAUCAGCCCCAAGCAUUUUGUUCAUCUGGCUGGCAAGUCCACUCUGAAGGACUGGAAGAGAGCCAUUCGUCUCGGCGGCAUCAUGCUCAGGAAAAUGAUGGACUCUGGACAGAUCGAUUUUUACCAGCAUGACAAAGUUUGCUCCAAUACUUGCAGGAGCACCAAGUUUGACCUUCUGAUCAGCAGUGCGAGAGCUCCAGUGCCAGGCCAGCAGACAAGUGUGGUGCAGACCCCCACUUCGGCCGAUGGUAACAUCACACAGAUUGCCAUCUCAGAAGAGAGCAUGGAAGAAGCUGGGCUAGAGUGGAACUCAGCUCUCACUGCUGCUGUCACCAUGGCCACAGAAGAGGGUAUAAAAAAGGACUCUGAGGAAAUUUCAGAGGACACUUUGAUGUUCUGGAAAGGAAUAGCUGAUGUAGGGUUGAUGGAUGAGGUAAUCUGUAAUAUACAGAAGGAGAUAGAAGAGCUUCUCAGGGGCGUUCAGCAGCGGCUCAUCCAGGCUCCCUUCCAGGUCACAGAUGCUGCUGUUCUAAACAAUGUGGCACAGACAUUUGGCCUAAUGGACACAGUCAAGAGAGUUUUGGACAACAGACGGAAGCAAGUGGAGCAGGGAGAGGGGCAGUAUCUCUAUACCCUGGCAGAUUUGGAACGGCAAUUGGAAGAGCAAAAAAAGCAAAGCCAAGAUCCUAGACUGAAACCCCAGACAGUUCAAAAUGUGGUACUAAUGCCUGUGAGCACCCCAAAGCCUCCAAAAAGACCCCGGCUCCAGCGUCCAGCCUCCACCACUGUCCUGAGCCCCUCUCCUGUCCAGCAGCCUCAGUUUACUGUCAUCUCACCUAUCACCAUCACCCCCGUCGGUCAGUCAUUCUCUAUGGGCAAUGUUCCAGUAGCUACCCUCAGCCAGGGCUCCAGUCCUGUGACUGUCCACACGCUGCCUUCUGGACCUCAGCUCUUCCGAUAUGCCACAGUGGUUUCCUCUGCCAAGAGCAACUCACCAGACACAGUGACCAUCCACCCUUCAUCAAGCUUGGCUCUACUAAGCUCCACCACUAUGCAGGAUGGUAGUACCCUGGGCAAUAUGGCCACCAUGGUGAGCCCUGUGGAGCUCGUGGCCAUGGAGUCUGGCCUGACUUCAGCAAUCCAGGCUGUUGAAAGCACCGCAGAGGACGGGCAGACCAUCAUUGAAAUUGACCCAGCUCCAGACCCUGAGGCUGAAGACACUGAGGGUAAAGCAGUCAUCUUGGAGACAGAGCUGAGGACUGAGGAGAAAGUGGUGGCCGAGAUGGAAGAACACCAGCAUCAGGUCCACAAUGUGGAGAUUGUGGUUUUGGAGGACUAACUGGGGAUGGGGCCAAGAGCUAUGUUUUGGUUUGGAAUUUUAAUUAUGUUUAUUUUUAUCAUUGUCCCACUCAUUUCCACAUAGAACCUUUUUUUAAAAAAAACAAACUACAAA